AUGCACCUGUUCCGCUCCACCCGCAUGCAGCGCCUGCGUUCUUUCCCUCCCACCUUCCGCACUUUCACCGCUUCUCCCCUACGCAGCAUCAAGGAAGACGCCGCCCGCUCCCCCGAAGAGCUUGAGAAGACCAAGCAAGAGCAGCUCAAGGCACAAAAGCAAGGAAAGGCGCAAUGGAACGAGAACCUGGCUUCUGCAGGUGAAGCUUCGAUUACCGCAGACAGAGAGAAUGUUCAUGACCACGACAGCCACAUGGAGGAUUUGCAGAAGGAGACGGCGGGACAGGCGGAGAAGGAGCAUCCUCAUGGCAAGAAGAACUGA